AUGGAACUCGAAUCUAGCAACAGCAACACUGACUUCUCGGAGCCGGAUGACCUGGUUCAUGCACACGAAGGAAGACAACUCCCCCCAGUGGAUGGAGGCAAAGAUGCAUGGAUGUUCCUAGUAGCUGGCUUCAUCAUCGAAGGAUUGACCUGGGGUUUCGCGUUUUCUUAUGGUGUUUUUCAGGAUUAUUAUCUUUCCAGUGAUGAGUUCAAGAACUCGGGUAAUAUCGCUGCUAUUGGUACUUGUGCAUUGGGAAUCGCGUAUCUCUCUGCUCCUCUGGAUUUUGCAUUGUUGCUCGGAGUACCUCGCUUUAGAAGACUUGCGACUCCAGUGGGCUUCUUGGUUAUGUGUUUGGCGCUAGCUUUAAGUUCUUUCUCCACGACUACGACACAUCUUAUUCUCUCGCAGGGCGUGGGCUACGGUCUUGGGGCUGGGUUGGCUUAUUCGCCUGUCAUUCUGUGGAUGGGUGAGUGGUUUGUCAAGAAGCGUGGGCUUGCUUUUGGGACUAUGUGGGCAGGGACUGGUCUAUCUGGUGUUGUGUUCCCCAUUGUGCUUCAGUGGAUGCUGAACGAGUAUGGCUUCCGAACUACUCUGCGCGUCUGGUCUGUUCUCUUGAUGAUUCUUAUUGCGCCGGUUAUCUACUUCGUCAAGCCACGUAUUCCGACUUCGUCUUCGACUUCUAGCAAGAUCAGACCAUUCGAUCUUGGCUUCAUCUGGACACGGUCCUUUGCCAUCUAUCAAGUGUGCAACACGAUCGAAGCAUUAGGCUUCUUCCUUCCGGCUGUGUAUCUCCCAAGUCAAGCCCGAUCAUUGGGCGUGACCGGUCCGUUGGCUUCGUUGACUGUCAUCUUGUUCAAUCUUGCUUCUAUUGGUGGAUGUGUGGUGAUGGGAAUGCUCGUGGACAGACACCAUGCUACGACUUGCAUGCUCCUGUCCAGCGUUGGAACCACACUGUCUGUCUUCCUCAUCUGGGGCUUCAGCGUUUCAAUUGCGCCUCUAUAUAUAUUCUGCAUUGUCUAUGGUUUCUUUGCGGGCUCAUUCACGUCAACAUGGACCGCUAUCACAAGGGAGACUCAGAAGAAGAAUGAACGAGCUGAUAUGUCGAUGAUCUUUGGCAUCCUCGAGACUGGUCGUGGGAUUGGAAAUAUCGCUAGUGGGUUCUUGAGUGAGGCUUUGAUUGCGCAUACUGUUUCUACCAGCGCGUAUGCCUAUGGCAGUACUUACGGCAACAUUAUCAUCUUCACUGGAGUGACAGCUCUAUUCGGAGGUGCAUGUGCCCUGGCUCGUCCUCUGAAGCUACUCUAA